AUCAUCCAGCCCAGCCUUCCCUUCCAUUCGCCACAACGCUAGUAAGAUCCGAUCUGAUCUGAUGGCUGGGACGGUUUUGGCAGUGUUGACCAUGAACUGAACACGAGGCCAUCCGGUCUACCAGAAGAUCCACCAAUGGAAACUCAACACCUCGCAAUAUAUCUACACUUCUCCUCCAUUUCUCUCUUUCAAAACACACCUAUUCUGUUUCUCUCCAUUCGUACCUUUUUUUUUUUUUCUGAAGGUCCCUUUUAGGGUUUUCAUCAAUGCCUGACAACUAUCGUAUAGGCAAAAGCACCACAAUCGCCCUCGUCGUCUGUGACAAAUUCCCACUAAUUUUUGGAUUUCCACGAUUGAAUUGUGGUUAUUUGAUGUAUUUUUAGAAGAUUGUGAAGAAUUUUUACCAGAGUUGUAUUACUGGUAUGCACGAGCUAUUGUUUAAAGUUGCGCCUUUUGGAUCAAGCGUAUGAAUUCGUUUGAAAUUUCUGAAAUAUGAUGAUUAGUUUGGAAGAAUGUUGACGUGUGGAGAUUUUUCGGAUGUUUGCCUAACAAAACGUAUAUGAAUCUUGGAUAAUUGUGGACACUCUGAUCCCUGGAUUUGUGGACCGUGCGAUCUAUGGAUUGUGAGGGUUUGAUAGUGUUAGUAGGAUUUUGAAGAAUGAUGUACGUGUAGUUGGUUGUUAUUUCUGUAAAAAUCUGAAGGAACCACAGUUGACAGAAAUUAAGUUCCAAUAUCAUUCGGGUAAUACUUUUAGAAGCCUUUGUUUUCAAUUUGCUUCAUUUGGUAAGAUUGUGGAGUAUUUGGGGGUUUUUAGGCCUUUGUAAUUGGGUUGUCUGCUGAUCAUUUCGAAAUUUUGUUGGAGUUCCAGACUGCAUUUGGGUUUGUUGGGGUUCGUUUGGAAAAGAAGAUCAGUUUAGGGUUUCCUUCAAGGAUCUUGGUUCAUGUUCCGGGAAGGUAUAUGGCUGCUGGUACUGAUUUCUCACCUCCAUUUCGAAAUUUAGAAGGUGGUUACAAAAGGAACAAUGUGGCUCUCAUGGACGAUGAAGAUGAACUUUCAGAGAAUUCUAACAAUUCGAAGCAAAUGACUAAAGGGAGACCUCCGCGGGACAUUGCAGUUGUACGUCGUUGCAUAAGCUCUGCCACACUCACAGAUGCUGCGGCUUGGGAUUUUGAUCUUGGGGUUGUUAGUAUCACGUCACCUUCAGAUGGAACAUCAGACUUCUUACCAGUGUUUCGAUCAGGAAGCUGUGCUGAGAAAGGACCCAAGGAGUACAUGGAGGAUGAACACAUAUGUAUAGACAAUCUUCUUGAACAUUUAGAUGCUAUUGCAGAUUUCCCGUCCCCUGGAGCUUUUUAUGGGGUGUUUGAUGGCCAUGGUGGUUCUGAUGCAGCAUCAUUUAUUAGGAAGACUAUUCUCAAGUUUAUAGUUGAGGACUCCCAUUUUCCUGUUUGUUUGGAGAAGGCAAUUAAGACUGCUUUUGUCAAAGCUGAUCAUGCAUUUGCAGAUGAUAGUUCUCUUGACAUCUCCUCUGGAACCACUGCACUGACUGCUCUGGUUUUUGGAAGAACAAUGGUAGUUGCCAAUGCUGGGGAUUGUCGGGCUGUGUUGGGGAAGCGAGGUAGAGCAAUUGAGCUGUCUAAAGACCACAAACCCAACUGCACAUCUGAAAGGCUAAGGAUAGAAAACCUUGGUGGAGUCAUAUAUGAUGGAUACCUCAAUGGCCAAUUAUCUGUGGCACGUGCUCUUGGAGACUGGCACAUGAAGGGACCUAAAGGUUCUGCCUGUCCCUUAAGUGCAGAGCCAGAGUUGAAGGAGAUGCUAUUGAGUGAGGAUGAUGAGUUUCUCAUUAUGGGCUGUGAUGGCCUAUGGGACGUAAUGAGCAGCCAGUGUGCUGUGACAAUGGCAAGGAAAGAACUGAUGCUACACAAUGAUCCUCAGAGAUGCUCAAGAGAGCUUGUUAGGGAAGCACUCAAGCGCAAUACAUGUGAUAAUUUGACAGUUAUUGUGGUUUGUUUCUCCUUAGAUCCUCCUCCCCGGAUAGAGAUACCCCCGACCCGAGGUAGGAGGAGUAUCUCAGCCGAAGGGCUGAAUUUUCUGAAAGGUGUUUUGGAAAGUAACCCAUGAG